AUGAGGAAUUUCUGGGCGCUACCGGCGGUCUUGCGCCUUGCGUUGGCUAACCAGCAUGCCUUCAGCGUUUUCGAUGAUCUGCUUGCGUUUCCACAGUACGAGGUUGCAUGGCCAGACACAUUCAUACUGGAAGACGAUGCGACAAGACUUUUGGCCCAGGAGGCACCCACACUACUCGGCAGCUCCAGCACAGCGACGCCCAAGUCGCAGCAGACACAGGAGCUCUCCAAGCACGAGCAGCCUUUCGCAGGUGGUCCGGCCGCCGACGAUGCGCUGCCACACACAUACGAGGCUGUGGUUCUGCAGGGCCAGCGGUAUCUGUGCAGCAUUCCUAUGAUACUGGACGAUGUGCAACAGAACGACACGACGACGGCCGAGGAAGCAAAGGCCGAGGAGGAGAAGGAGUUGAUGCGCGCAACGGACCGUGGGUGGGAGCUUCUGGAGGGCAUGCGUGGAAGCUGCAUUUACUACUUGAGUGGGUGGUGGAGCUACAGCUUCUGCUACAAAGACGAGGUCAAGCAGUUCCACCAGCUGCCUCCCGGUCGCGGUGUGCCCAUCUACCCACCUGUUGAGGACACAAGCGUCCACAGCUUCGUGCUUGGUCGGUUCUCCAAAGAAGAUAAGCGCAAGAAGGACCAUGCGCGCAAGACGCUGAGUAGCGAGCAGGGCAGCAAGGACGCCUAUGACGAUGAGGGCAAUGCGCCAGAUGAAGAAGAGAAGGCGCUGGAGAUCCCGCGCCUGGAGACCAAGGGCUCAAGCCGGUACAUGGUGCAGCGUCUUUCAGACGGCACCGAGUGCGACCUUACUGGGCAGCCGCGCAAGAUUGACGUGCAGUUCCAUUGCAACCCCCAGUCUACAGAUAAAAUCGCCAUGAUCAAAGAGACUAGCAUUUGCUCGUACCUCAUGGUUGUAGACACGCCUCGUCUCUGCCACGACGUUGCCUUCCUACCACCGCAGAAGAAUUUCGCCCACCCCAUCACCUGCCAGGCCGUUAUACCGGCAGCAGACGCUGACGAAUGGACCGCCGCAGCUCUCGAAGCUAAAAUCCGUGAAACCGAGCGUCUCCUAGCACUUGCCGGGUCUGAAGACACUGCGAACACAAACCCUCUUCGAGAUAUCGCCGACGGCCUCGAAGGUUCUACGAAGCGCGGGCCUAUCAUUGGCGGUAUCGAAGUCGGCGCGCAAGCUCUUGUAGGCAGCAAGGGCAAAGUAAUCGAAAAGACGGUCGUCGUUGGCGGUGGCAAGGAGACAUACAUUGGCACAGUUGCGAGCAGCGAUGGCACGCAAAUGUCUAAGGAGGAAAUGAAGAGGCUGAACAUCCCUGAUCCCAAAGAUGUUGAAAAGCUAAAAGGAAACUUGAGGAAGCUAGCUGGGAAGAAAGGUUGGAAGCUGGACCUCGUCGAUACCCCCAGGGGAAGAGAGUUCAGAGGAAUCAUUGAGGCUGAAGACCAAGACGAAGAGAUGCUGGAGACAGAGGAAAGCGCACAGGAUGGGAACGACAGGAAGGCAGCAAGGGAAGGAAAAGAAGGGAAAAACGCUGGAAAGAGAAUGAGCCCUGGCAAGCAAGAGGCAGCUGGACCUGUGGCUGAGGAAGAUGAAGAAGUAUACGAGGGGAGCGAGGAAGUGUACAAAGAUGAAUUAUAG